AUCGAUGUCGUACUUAGCGAAGAAGGCCUUAUCGACUUGACAUUUGAAAUUCUAGACUCGGAUUUUAUCGAACUUCAUCAUGGCGCUCUGCGCAUUCUUGGAAACAUAAUCACUGGGAAUGAUGUGCAAACAGCAGCAGUAGUGAAUCAUCCGCGAUUUUACGACGUUUUGUCGCGCUCGAUGUCGUAUCAAUCUGUGCCUGAAGUGCGAAGAGAAGCCGCUUGGAUGUGUUCUAAUAUAGCAGCAAGCAAUCAGGAGCACAUGGAUCUGCUAUUUCUGGAUUGGAACAUUUUUGAGAUGCUCUUGGAGGGUGUCAGAACAGCUGAGAGGAAAUUGAAGAAGGAAUGCAUGUGGACAAUUGUUAACUUACUAACUGGAGCUAACGAAGUGAAAAUACGCUUUAUGGUUGCGUGUGGAGUUUUCUUCCUAUUUCCGGCCCUUCUAGCAACAUCGGAUUUCCGUCUGACUGAACGAACUAUGCACGCAUUACGUAGUCUUCUACCAUUUUACCCUGAACAUGCUACACUCAUUAAAGAUUCAAAUAUGCUCUCCUUAAUAAAAGAGCGUUUUCUUGAAACCGAUAUGCAUUUACAGGAGCUCAAGAACGAAAUUGAGUUUUUUAUCAAUGCAAGAUGUGUACCGCACAUUCCAACAUGCACAUACACAUUUAUUGACGAUGUCUCGAAGCAAACGCAGUCAUUACGAGCAUAACUAAUAGAA